ACCGCACCUUUUGCCCGAAGAACACGCAAGAUUCACAGCAAAUGUUCGCAGCGUGGGUAAGAGAUCCAACCCAAAACCGGUAUAAAUGGCUCAGCAAGUUAGCAGCAAAACACAGAUAGAAGUUGUUGUCGUUGAGCCACAUCCGUUGUCUUCCAAACAUGAUUUCUGUAGGAUUACUCUUCCUCUUUCCGGGCCUUGUUGUGUUGAACGUUAACGGUAGCCCGGUUUGCCAGAACCUAAAUGCCAUAUGUACAAUAGCCGCCGAGUGUUGUAAUGGCCUGCGCUGCGAUAAUGGAAUAUGCAGCAACGAUACUGCAGUUAUUGACAACACGAUUUCCGGUGGCAGUCUCAUCACACGCGAUCAGUUUGAACGUGCUGUCACGACCAUUGGUUACUGGCGCUACCAGCCUCCCACGGAUGAGCAAUACGAACUAAUCAUGAGAGACGCUGGACCCAAAGGAAAAAUCACCACGAAACGGGAACUGGCAAUGUUCCUUGCCAACGUCUUCCACGAAAGCGAAGGCAUGGGUGCCACGGAAGAGCGGGGACCGGAAGGACCGUACGGGCCCUGGGUACCUUAUAAAAAAGAUCCCAUUCAUCCUGAACGGAAGUACCAUGGACGCGGCUACCUGAUGCUACGUGGGUAUCCUGUGUACAAGGAAGUUUCCCUUGGACUGUACGGCGAUGAACGAUUGGUGGAGAACCCCGAUCUCGUUAAGGAUGCGCCCGCCGCCUGGGACACUGCUUUCUGGUUCUGGGCCAAUAAGGUCCACAGUCAACCUGGUACCCAAGUAGGAAAACUCGGUGUGUCGGCGUACAUCAUCACCGGUGGCAGAGAAUGUCAGGAAUAUGAAGAACUCCCAGAGCGGCUGGACAUCUACACGAAGCUCCUGGUUAUCUUUGGUGUGAACGACACGCCAGACUACAGCGGAUGUUUCGAUCGUUCGAAAAAUUUGCCAAAUAACCAAAGUACGGCAAUUAUCACACGCGAGCAGUUCCAGACGGCUGUGAACGGGAUUGGCUAUUGGUAUCCACCACCGACAAACGAUCAGUACAACACUCUCAUGAUCUCCGCAGCACCAAAAGCCAGCAUCACAACGAAGCGUGAACUAGCCAUGUUCCUGGCAAAUAUACUGCAUGAGACUAGUGGACUGGAGAAGUUGGAUGAAUACGGUCCACCAUAUUUUCCCGCGGCAACAGAUCCCGAUCACCCGGAGCGGGAUUAUCAUGGACGGGGGUACAUGAUGUUGCGGGGUUUCCCGGUCUACAAGGAAGUGUCUGAAGGGCUGUAUGGCGAUGACCGGUUGGUAAAGAACCCCGACUUGGUGAAAAACGAUACGACGGUGGCCUGGGAUACGGCGUUCUGGUUCUGGGCCCAUAAAGUCCACAACGAGCCGGGUAUUGGGAAUGGUCAGUUUGGUGUGUCGACAAAAAUAAUCAGCAAUGGCCAGGAAUGUAAUGGAACCAUGAGUGUGGCUCAUGCUUUGGAAAGGUUUGACAUUUACAAGAAAGUUCUCCAGGUUUUGGAUCCGAGCGAAGCUGCAGUCGAAGCGGGAUGUUAUAACUAGCGCCGAUUCGGUGCUCGUUUGGUCUAUUUACAACUAUACAGUAACUAGCACAAUCUCAGUAUACGAACCGGUGUACGAAACUGGCGCAAAAGUUUUUGACGAAAUAAAAUCAAUUAAUUGUUUUGAUGUCAUUUGCUGGUGUUCAAUCCGUAUGUUGAAUAAAAUUGUACGAACGUAAG